AUGAAGGGUCUUCGACAAAAACUCCUAUAUGACUCUAGGCAUAUUUGGCAUCCAUAUACCUCCAUGAUUUCACCUUUGCCCUGUUAUCAUGUGAAAUCUGCCUCUGGAGUGAGCUUACAAUUAUCCUCUGGAGAAACUCUCAUAGAUGGCAUGGCCUCUUGGUGGAGUGCAAUCCAUGGAUAUAACCAUCCACAUCUCAACAAAGCUGCCCAUAACCAGAUUGACAAAAUGUCACAUGUAAUGUUUGGUGGGAUCACCCAUGAUCCAGCCAUUGACCUUUGUAAGCAGUUGCUCGAUAUGACCGAUUCGAAUUUGACCAAGGUCUUUCUUGCUGAUUCAGGUUCUGUAGCUGUAGAAGUAGCUUUGAAGAUGGCUAUGCAAUACUGGCAUAGUAAGGGUGAAAAACAAAGAAAGAGGUUUCUUACUAUCAAACAUGGAUACCAUGGAGACACCUUUGGAGCCAUGGGCAUUUGUGAUCCUGUGAACUCUAUGCAUUCGAUCUACACUGGUUACCUUCCACAGAAUCUUUUUGCUGAAGCUCCACAUAUUCGAUUUGGUGAACAAUGGGAUGAAAAAGAUAUAUCCAGCUUCAAGGCUAUUCUUGAGAGGAAUUCAAAGGAAAUAGCAGCUGUAGUUAUCGAACCAAUUCUUCAAGGGGCUGGAGGCAUGAGAAUGUAUCAUCCACAGUACCUCAAGCUGGUGUCUGAACUAUGCAAGCAGCAUGGAGUAUUGUUGAUACUUGAUGAGAUUGCUACUGGAUUCGGCAGAACUGGUAGACUUUUUGCCUAUGAGCAUGCUGGUAUAUGUCCUGAUAUACUCUGCCUUGGAAAAGCCUUAACUGGAGGAUACCUUACAAUGAGUGCUGUCUUGACCAACGAUGACGUUGCUGAGACCGUGAGCUCAGGAGAAUCAGGAUGUUUUAUGCAUGGCCCUACCUUCAUGGCAAAUCCCUUGGCAGCAGCCAUAGCUUCUGCUAGCUUGGAACUUGUCAAUGAAGGUAAUUGGAAGACUCAAGUGAAGAGUAUAGAAGAUGUUUUAAAAUUGGGGCUCAAUCCUCUAUCAGAUCACCCUAAAGUUCAAGACGUACGUAUUUUAGGAGGCGUUGGUGUUAUUGAGAUGAAAAAUCCAGUGGAUAUGGCUAGAUGUCAAAAGGCACUCAUUCAGUCAGGGGUAUGGUUACGGCCCUUUGGCAAACUCAUAUACACAAUUCCACCAUACAUAGUAAGUAAGAGUGAACUCCUUAAGAUCAUAGAUACUAUGGGAAUUCUUGUUGAUAUCAACUAA